CGCGGGAACGAGUUGACGGAUAACUCUCCAUCUCGUGUUCGCAUCGCGCAUUUCCGAAAGAAAUACAACAAACCAUGAAAACUCACAACGCGAGCAACACAUCGGUGGCCCCUGUGUGCGUCGUGACAUUUUUCAACUUCAACUGCAGUCCCCCGGAUUUGGGCGACAGCGAGAGAAACGUCAUCAUCUGGGGCUUUGCCCUCGUCAUCGCCACCACGGCCCUGGGGAACAUCCUCACCAUCACCUCAAUCCUCUACUUCCGACAGCUCCAGACGCGCACCAACGCCUUCGCCAUAUCCUUGGCCACCGCCGACUUCUUGGUGGGCGUCAUGGUGAUGCCCUACGCGGUGACACGCACCGCCUACACGUGCUGGUUCUAUGGAAAAACCUUCUGCAAGAUGCAUACGUGGUUCGACUACACUCUCACCACCUCGUCCAUCCUCCAUCUGGCGUGUAUCUCCAUCGACCGCUACGUGGCCAUCAGCGACCCCCUGCACUACGAGCAGCGAGUGACCAAGAAACUGGUGGGCAGGAUGCUCGUUUUUUGCUGGACCAGCUUUAUAAUCUACGGCCUCUCAUACAUGCUCGAGUGGAACAUCGCGGGCAUCGAGGACAUAGUGGCCAGCAGCACCUGUCCGCACAACUGCCCUGUCUUCAUGAACGUGCAGUUCGCGCUGACCAACACGCUGUGCGCCUACGUCACCCCGAUGAUGCUCAUGCUAGCUGCGUAUACCAAGGUGUACACGAUGGCUCGGGCCCAGGCGAGAAAGAUCAGCAUCGCGAUGCUCCAGACGCGAUCGGCCGACGCGGCGGUGCGCAGCCGGUGGAGCGCCAUGAAGCGAGAGCACAGCGCCACCAAGACGCUGGGAAUCAUCAUGGGGGCGUUCGUCGUUUUCUGGGUCCCCUUCUUCGUCGUCGCCGCCUCCGAGCCACUGCUCGGCUACGCGUCCGACCCAGUGGUGUGGGACGUGGCCAACUGGUUCACCUACAUCAACUCCACAAUGAACCCCAUCCUCUUCGCGGCAUUCAAUCGCUCGUUCCGCAACGCGUUCUAUCUGAUCGUGAGCGGCAAAAUCCUGCGUGGAAGCUACAGAGGGACGGAUCUGUUCAGUUUUAAACGCGGAAGCGAAGUGGCUGAGAUGGCAUGAGCAUUCGGAUUUGUACUUGGGAAGAUGGUUGUUUUGUAUGUGUGUUGAACUUAUUUGGCACCAUACGUAGCCAACCUUGCUAAUCGUAUCUGCGUGGUUGAAUGUCUUUUUCUUUUCAGUGGCGAUCGAUUUCUUGCUUAAACCACCAAGACAGCGUUCGGUAAUUUCGUGAAAAAAAUCCUGGAUGGUGUGGAGUAAUUAUCGUUGCUUUGUGGGCGUAAUGAGGGUUUUUUUUGCUAACACUUUGUAACAAGAUAAAAAGAUUAUUCUUGCAAUUAAAAUAAACUCUGGAUUCUCCAGAGUAUUCGAGGAGGAGAGGACACAAUGUGUAAACGUGGCUCUAGUGUAUUGCUCGUUGACGGAAUCGGUUUUCCUGGCCAAUGUGUUCCGGAUCACGUGAGUCAAUGGCCCACGAUGAGUUGAGAGUAGUGUAUUAUUUAUUUAUUCAUUCAUUGGCAGCAGUUAUUAAGCCAGCGCAUGAAACAAGAGAUGCAUUGUUUUUCAAGCGCCGUUAAUCCGGAACCCGGGUAAUUCAGAAGUGACUGUGUGCACGUAGAGUUGUAAUACCAUAUCGCCACGGUAGCUAUGAACCUGGCCAGUUUAGUUUGAUUCCGGGCCAUGGCUAACUUUUGUCGAGAGUGACAUCUGACGGCUGUCCUGGGAACGUCAUCAUAACAAUCAACACCAAUCGACAGAGUGAAGAAUCGGCCAAACAGCACCACGGCCCGCACCGUGUGGUGAGGCCCCGCAACUAACAGUGGACUCACAAAGGACUGUAAGCAAUCGUUAAUCAAUCUAUUGGGUCGACUCAGCGUCAAAUGAGUAUUUGGCACGGUGUGUACACAUCAGCACUGGGCAAAAAUGCGGCUGGGC